AUGGCAGCCUAUGCAGCUCUCGCUUCUCUCUUGAACACAAUUGAGCAGAUGAUGACACAUCCUCGCCUUUCCACUUCUUUCGACAACAAUCAGAUCCAUUCCCUCGAGGAGAAGACUGCUUUGUUGCUCGAUUUCAUUGAGAACUUUAAUUAUGCUGGACUUAGCGAAGAAGCACAACAUCUCGAAAGCCUAAUUGCAUCUGCAGCUCAUACGGCUGAAGAUAUGAUUGAAUCUCACAUCGCCAAUCAAAUCCUUCCUCUUUCGGCUGAUGACACGGAAUCAACUUUCAGUUUCUGGCUUUAUCUACAGGAAAAGAGGGCAAUUGAAGGGGGAAAUGCAACUGCAGUUGGAGAUGUGGAUCAAUUUCAUGGUGAAUCAAACCAAGCAAUUGAGGAGCAUGUGGCUGGAGAUGGAUGCUUGGACUAUCUGCGGCAGAUAAUUGAAGAGAUGGAUGCUAUCAUCGAAAAGGCCAAUGAGUUGAAGGACAAACAGAGAUUCAGAGAGGAGCAUUCAACACCUCCUCUUACUCUUAGUCUUACUCAGACCAGAGAAGAAACUGCUAUGGUGGGAUUUCGUGAUGAGUUGAUUCAGCUUCUUGACGAGCUCACCGGUCAUCGUUCCAAUCUGCAUCUCAUCUCAAUCGUGGGUAUGGGCGGCAUGGGUAAGACUACUCUUGCCAAAAAUAUUUAUGCUAAUCAACUCAUCAUCGAACACUUUGAUAUUCGUGCUUGGGCCACCGUAUCACAGCAAUACAAUGCUAAACAAAUUCUUGAACAACUUCUUUCUGGCCAAGGAAAAUCCUCCGAUAAAAGUGUAGAUGAAUUAGGAGAACAACUGCAUAAAACUUUAUCUGGUAGGAGAUAUUUGAUCAUAUUAGACGACAUAUGGAGUGUCGAAGCUUGGGAUGAAGUAAGGUGUUUCUUUCCUAAUAAUGGAAGUGGAAGCCGGAUUCUUCUAACUACUAGGUUGUCAGAUGUGGCUAACAAUUGUGGAUCUUCUUACCUUCCGAAGAGUCUUCUAAAUGAGAAUGAAAGUUGGGAAUUAUUCUGUAAGAAGGCAUUCCAAAAUGAAGAUUGCCCUACUGAACUUGAGGAUGUUGGAAGAAAGAUUGUUAAAUUAUGCAAAGGAUUAGCAUUGUCCAUUGUUGUGAUCGGGGGGAGACUUUUAAAGUCUUCCAGGACCGUAGGAUAUUGGAAGAGUGUUGCCAGAGACAUAGAAUCAAGUCCCAAUUCAAAAGAGAAGCAAGAAAGCUUAGAUGUAUUGUUUUCAAGUUAUAACCACUUGCCUCCUCAUCUAAAGCCUUGCUUUCUUCAUAUUGGACUUCUUAAGAGUAUUAAUUAUGCAAACCUCCAUAUCUUGAGUAUCAUCCAAAUUUGGGUUGCCGAGGGAUUUUUGAAAUCAAAUGGAGACCAAGUUUUAGAAGAGAUUGCAGAGGAUUACUUAAAGGAACUUAUUGACAGGAAUCUGAUAUUAGUUGAGAAACGAAGUAAAAAUGGGAAGAUGAAAUGUUGUGAUAUUCAUGAUCUAUUAAGAGACCUAUGCUUAAAAGUAGGUGAGCAACAAGGGUUUUUUCAUGUGAUCACUCAAGGCCCUGUACUAGGCACAGAACGUCGCAUCAUAUAUAAGAAAGCUUCCCGAGGGAGAGAAACCGAUAGACUUCCACUUGCACGCAGUAUCAUGGAAUGUGAAUUACACAAGGAGACUUGUAAAUAUAGAUUGUUGAGAAUUUUGGAUGUAAACAAUCACAGUUCACUUGAAGUACCAUUAGGGAGUGUUAACUUGCGCCACCUUGCAUUGUGGGGAUCUGGUUACGGGGGUGUGUUGGAGCUUCCUAGUUCACUAUCCUUGGUAUGGAAUCUGCAUGCUUUAAUCAUUCAGCUGUAUACAUUGACAGUUGUUGCACCAAUUGAAAUUUGGAAGAUGCGACAACUUAGGCAUAUCCAGUGUUAUGAAAUUUAUCUUCCUCAUCCCGACAGACAAGAUGACUUGUUAAUCUUGGAAAAUUUUCAUACGCUUGGGAAAGCAGUGAAUUUGAGGUUGAGUGAGGAUGUGUGCAAGAUCAUUCCCAACAUCAAAAUAUUGCAUUUAGAUUACGAUCAUGAGCUUGAAGGAUACGAUGCUAGUUUGAGGGAGUGUUUCCACAAUCUUGGUCAGUUGCAUAAACUUGAAUCACUCAAAUUGUAUUGCAACAUUUUGUGGGAGAUGGAUUAUAGGAUGAAUGAGAUAUUCGCAUUUCCCAAUUCCCUGAACAAGUUGAGCUUGAGUUAUUUCUGUUGA